AGUGACUUUCGCGCCGUCGCGUUGGCGCCCUCCCCAUUCACUCCGUAAACGUCUCACCUGUCACUCUUUCUGACAGAAUUCGGUUUCGCGAUGGCAGACGCAGCAGCAAAGAAACCAAAAGCCACGAAAAAGGCGAAAGAAGGCGCCGAGACCGUCGCCGCCAAGAAACGGAUAAGGAAAAGGCACGGUCGAUUAUACGCGAAAGCCAUCUUCACAGGUUACAAGCGGGGUCUUCGUAACCAGCACGAAAAUACGGCCUUGUUGAAGAUCGAGGGCACUUGUGAUAAACAAGAUAGCUGGUUUUACGUGGGCAAGAAGUGCGUUUAUGUGUACAAAGCCAAGAAUAAGACCUGUGUGCCUGGCAAGCCCAAGUCAGUCAAGUCGAAAGUUAGGGCCAUUUGGGGCAAAGUGACGAGACCUCAUGGCACCAGCGGGGCUGUUAGGGCCAAGUUUAAGAAUAAUUUGCCGGCGAAGGCUAUGGGACACCGCAUUCGCAUUAUGUUGUAUCCUUCCAGGAUCUAAACUUUUUACAUUGUAACAUAAGUUAUAUAAAAAAUAAAUCAAUUUUUAUUGGUG